AUGGGUGUCAAAAAUCAUAGUAUUGCAUUGUUGGUUUUGUCCUUGGGACUGUUGGCUCUUGAAGUGAGUUGUCGCAGUCUUGGAGACAAGUCUAUAUAUGAGAGGCAUCAAGAAUGGAUGAGUCAGUAUGGCAAAGUGUAUAAGGAUCCUCAAGAAAUGGAGAAACGUCUAAAGAUAUUCACAGAAAAUGUAAACUACAUUGAAGCAUCCAACAAUGCAAAAUCAUACAAAUUAGGCAUUAAUGAAUUUGCAGACCUGACGAACGAGGAGUUCACAACAUCUAGAAACAAGUUCAAGGGGCAUAUGUGCUCCUCAAUCACAAGGACAACUAGUUUUAAGUAUGAAAAUGCAAGUGUAAUUUCAUCCUCGGUCGAUUGGAGGAAGAAAGGAGCUGUGACACCUGUGAAGAAUCAAGGCCAAUGUGGAUGUUGUUGGGCAUUUUCUGCUGUUGCGGCAACAGAAGGAAUUCAUCAGUUGAGUACAGGAAAAUUGGUGUCUUUAUCAGAACAAGAACUUGUUGAUUGCGACACAAAAGGUGUAGACCAAGGUUGUGAGGGUGGUCUUAUGGAUGAUGCUUUCAAAUUCAUCAUUCAAAAUCAUGGACUCACCACUGAAGCUCAAUACCCCUAUCAAGGUGUUGACGGAACAUGUAGUGCAAACCAAGCAUCAACCCAAGCGGCUACCAUUACUGGGUACGAAGAUGUCCCUGCCAACAAUGAGCAGGCACUGCAAAAAGCUGUGGCUAAUCAACCAAUAUCUGUAGCCAUUGAUGCUAGUGGGUCUGAUUUCCAAUUUUAUAAAAGCGGUGUUUUUACUGGUUCAUGUGGAACUGAGUUGGAUCACGGGGUUACUGCAGUGGGUUAUGAUGUUAGUAGUGAUGGAACCAAGUAUUGGUUGGUUAAGAACUCGUGGGGAGCUGAUUGGGGUGAACAAGGAUACAUUAGGAUGCAAAGGGGAAUCGAUGCUGUUGAAGGACUCUGUGGCAUUGCAAUGCAAGCAUCUUACCCUACUGUUUGA